CCGAACCACAUGCGCCGCUUCCUCGUGUCCACAGCUGCGUACCGCUACCUCUGUGAGCGUGAGCCUUUGCUCAGCGACUCUAUGCGCGGCGUUAUCACCAAGGGCGGCGAGCUGGCGGUGGAUUUCGCGGAGGCUCUUGCUAGGCUCCACCAGAACGAACUACAGGAUGUCAGGAAGGGCCCGGACUGUGCUUUCCACGAGCACACAGAGACACCCGCUUGCAAGGUCAGGCUUGCAGAAGCAUACGAAUGAAGGCUGCGUCGCCUGCACAGAGCAUGGUUGCUCAAAUUUUGGUUUGG